UUUAUUAAGCAUUUGGAUUAAUCGAUUUUUCCAAAAAUAACCAGCAAAAUUUAUCGAUAUUUGUAAUAUAUUGGUUCAGACUGCGGUCGAGUUUAUAAAAAGUAAAUGUGCUACAAUGAAGAAAAAAGAAAUUGUGUUUGAUUCACUAAAAAGGAAAAACUUUUUGACUGGUUUCCAAAAACGAAAAAAUGAACGUCGAGCUCGUGCCAAAGAACAACUUGAGCGUGAAAUUAAAGAGGAACGCAAGAGGAUCAGAAAUGAUAUUAAAAACAGCAUGGCAAAUAUGAAGAAAACAUUUCAACCACUUGUCCUGGAUCCCGAAAUAGAGGAAAAGGUACUUGAAAAGGAGUAUGAAGACGAUGAGGUCGAAAUAAAUGUUAUAGAAUUGGCACCAGGAAAUAAAAACUUGGAUGAAGAAAGCGAUAAUGAUUCUAACUCAAGCGAAUCCACUGACAAAGGCUUCCAUAUAAAUUCUAUACCAGGAAUGGAAUUGAAUGUUGAAUCAGUAGAAAAAGAAAAGGAGAAGAAACCCAAACAAGUAGACAACCCAUUGUCAGAGUUAGGAAAAAUAGGAAACAAAAAAACGUUAGAUAGAUUAAAGAAAAAGAAAGCAUUAAAAGAAUUUAAAAAAAGCAAGAUUUUCAAACAAAAAGAACGAGCGGAUAAGAAGAAACAACACAAAGCUAGACGUGCACUGAAGCAUAAAUCUAAGUCAAACGAAAAUGGUACAUUUGGAAAUAAAACUAAACAUAAUCGGUUCAAGCGAGGCCAUUCUUCAGGACGAGGAAAACGGAGAUAGUAAUAUACCACAUAUAAUCUUUAAAUCGGGCGAAACUUUCGUAUGCUGCUUUCAGCAUUAAAAAAUCAGAUACACUUUUAUAUAUGUAUAUAAUAAUAUUUAUAUUUUAUUUUAAUUGAAACCUUAAAAAAUGAUUAAAAUUUCAUCUAUUGUACAAUAUA